ACUGCACUACACUGUCCUCCAACGUGUUGUAUCACUGAUCAUGGCGAGCUGGUGUGUACGUGCUGUUAGACAGAGCUACACUAUUGUAGCAUCUCCUUCACUCGUCAGGGCAACUCCAAGGCUACUAUGCACAGCAGCCCACCAGAAGAGCCCGGGCUCUGGCUCUGGCUCGGAGGAAGAUAGUGGAGCACAGAAGCCUGAGCAGAGUCCAGCAGAGAAGGCUCUGACGGAGGAGAAGGCACAACUGGAGGAGCAGGUCAAAGAACUCACAGACAAAUACAAGCGGGCACUGGCAGACACAGAGAACCUGAGACGCAGGAGUCAGAAGAUGGUGGAAGAUGCAAAGCAGUUUGGCAUCCAGGGCUUCUGUAAAGAUCUUCUAGAGGUGGCAGACAUCUUGGAGAAGGCAACAGAGUGUGUGCCUAAGGAGGAGGUUACAUCACAGAACCCUCACUUGAAGAACCUGUACGACGGGCUGGUCAUGACCGAGGUCCAGAUGCAGAAGGUCUUCACCAAACACGGCUUGGUCAAGCUCAACCCUGAGGGCCAGAAGUUCGACCCCUACGAGCACGAAGCUCUCUUCCAAGCACCUGUCCCGGGCAAGGAGCCGGGCACUGUUGCGGCGGUCACCAAAAUCGGCUACAAGCUGCAUGGACGCACCCUCCGACCAGCUUUGGUGGGCGUGGUCCAGGCUCCCUAGGCCCUGGGGGAUUGGUGCCGUGGCAACGUCCUGUUACCUGGGCAACAGAUCUGUUUGGGCUCUUGAAGGUGGGGCAUUAUAUGAGAGCCCUUUAAAUGGUGCCUGAAAGCGAGAUGGAAAAAAACAUUUAAAACACAGGAUCAAACUGACAGCAAAUCUCUGGACCUCACCUAGUGAUGAAGAGUUAAUGUUAAAAGAAACAAAUAGGGAGGGCGGAAACUAGCACUUCAUGUCAAUCAGGAUGUCAGGCUAAACCUCCAGCUCCUGCUGUCAUCUGUCAGUACAGUCAGAGUAUACACUUGUUUUCGUCCAGUUUUCCAAUAAGCUAUACUUAUGUUAAUCAUAAAAAAUGCACCCAUAAUGUUAUCAAUCCUAUACGUUGUGUAUUAUUGAUGUCUAGUUGGGAGAACAUCCUGGUCGAAUAGAAUGGAACUGUGAUGAAGCCCAUUAUACAGCAACAGAAACAUUGAAAUCUUACCAGUCACAGCAGAUCAGUGCACCACAUAUAGUGACUUUAGUCUUUUAUAGAUGUAUGGCAAUUUGUCAUAGGGUUCAGCUGUAUCAUAUGCGCAUUAUGGCCAUAAUCUUGACACAAAGUUCAUUUUAGGUCCUAUUCUUAUGGUCUCUUCAGAUUUAAGUUUUGUUCAGAAUUGCUCUUCACCUUUUCAAACUGUGAGAAUGGCAUUGUCCCAUUGAGUGCACUGGGUUUAUUCACAUUGGCAGGUGGCAUGUCAUCAUAGUAUUUUACAAAGGAUGUGUAAAGUUCAAUGGAAACUUUUCAUAAUGAAUAAAUAAAUAAUAUAACUCCUUGAA